GGAAGUAAUCGAAAUUUUAAGAAGGAGUUAAUUGACCCCGACACAGACUCAAGGCCCAACCAAUUAACAAUCAAGGGAAUCAAUUGUUGACUCAACCGUAUUAAUUUCAACGUCUCAACUGAGCCCGAUAUGGUAGCCCUGGAUGGCUCCCAACCCAUCAAAACAUUGACCUUCAAAGGCCGCCUAUGGGAGUCAUUUGAUUCCACCGAUUAUUUAGGUGGUUAGUUUGGGUGUCGUUACGGGCGAUCUUGACGUGGGUUGGGUCAAGAUAUGUAAAUGAAGGACUCGCCUGCUUAUGGGUGGAAAAUAACGUCUAGAGAGAGCCGUUAGAAUCUAGUACGCCCGGCGGAAGUGUCGAUAAUGUUGGGCUUGAUGAGCCUAGGGAGUUGCCCCUUAAGGCCCUCCUGCCUGAGGCGUUCCUUCUCCGCUUGGCGUCUGACCGCUUUUGAAGGUCCCGCGGCCUUGACUUUAGAUCGACAGGAGGUGCCUGUACUCCGGCAGCCUGAUGAUUUAUUGGUCCGGGUCCAUGCGGCUUCCUUUAAUCCGUUAGAUACGGCCAUGUGCCGUGGGUAUGGUCGGCGGGUUCUGUCUACUACCCGCUGCCUGUCUAAUAAUGGGACGGUGGAGGAACUGCCCAUGAUUUUGGGGCGGGAUUUUGCCGGGACGGUCGAAUACGCGGGUCAAGGGUGCGGUUCUGCCUUUCGACCCGGGGACGCGGUGUACGGGGCCGUGUUCCCUGCCAGUUCUGGGACCUGGGCCGAUUAUGUGGUAGCGUCGAAGUAUUUGACUCAUUUGAAACCGGCCAGCUUAAGCUUUGAAGCCGCAGCGGCCUUACCUUAUGCCGGACUGACGGCUUGGUCGGCCCUGGCCAUCACUGCCGGAAUUGUGGGUACCACGCAUCAACCUCGGCGAGUUUUACUCUUGGGCGCGUCCGGGGGCGUGGGUCAUAUUGCGCUCCAGUUAUUACAUGCCUGGGAUUGCCAAGUGGUGGCGGUGUGCAGUUCCGCCAACCAGGAGUUCAUACGACAACAGUUCAAGCCUAGUCACACUUUGAGUUACCAAGACCCCAACUACGCUCAGAAUCUGUCACAAUUAUCCGGCUUUGAUGUCAUUCUGGAUUGUAGUGGACAGAAAGCCGAAUCCUUCACGCCCUUGCUCAAAUCCAGUCCCGAGGCUUGUUUUGUGUCCUUAGACAGUCCGUUAUUGUCCAGUACCGAUAAUCAAGGCCUGAUUCGAGGCGGAUUGAGCGUGUUAUCCAACUUGAUUGGAAGCAACGUGAAAGCUCUCUCCACCUCAGGAGGUACUGUCCGUUGGGGCUAUUUUGGCCCGGUUCCCGGAGCAUUGGGAUCCAUGAGCCAAUUAGUCGAACAAAAUCGGCUCAAACCCGUGAUAGACCGCGUAUUCGAUUUUCAAGAUAUGCCAUUGGCCAUGAAGCAUGUGCAAAACCGAGGUGGACAACGGGGUAAAGUCGUUCUUCGGGUCAAGAAAGAGGAAUAAAAUCAUGGUUUUCACUGACAAA